GAGGAGGAGGAAGAAGAGGAAGGAGAGGAGCAGGAUCGUGUCUCAGAGGGCUCGGGAAUAACAGACGACUCAGAGAACUGGGAUAUGACUCGGGGGAACCUGGGGCUGCUGGAGCAGGCUAUUGCUCUGAAGGCGGAGGAAGUGAAGGAAGGCCAGGAGAGCCGGAGCUCCCUGGACUACCAACCAUACACAUCAUCCAGCAAGAGCUCAGAGGCUGCUGCUGUAGCCCGCCGCACCACUCACUACAGCAAAGAAAAAAAGGAAGUCAAGUGUCCAACGCCAGGGUGUGAUGGGACGGGUCAUGUGACUGGGCUGUAUCCCCAUCAUCGCAGUCUGUCUGGAUGUCCUCACAAAGACAGAAUCCCUCCAGAGAUCCUGGCCAUGCAUGAGAACGUCUUGAAGUGUCCUACUCCUGGCUGCACAGGCCAAGGCCAUGUUAACAGCAACCGCAACACACAUCGCAGUCUGUCCGGCUGCCCCAUUGCCGCAGCUGCUAAGCUGAACAAGAACCAGGACAAACAGGUUCAUUUACAGGCUUCAGCCAGUGAACCCUCUUCCAAUUCUGACAGAGUGCUCAGGCCCAUGUGUUUUGUCAAACAGCUGGAGAUCCCUCAGUAUGGCAGCUACCGGCCCAACACGGUGACCACUACACCUCGAGCAAACCUGGCCAAGGAGCUGGAGAAAUACUCCAAGGUGUCUUUUGACUAUGCAAGCUUUGAUGGUCAGGUUUUUGGAAAACGUACGCUCAUUCCAAAGACACCUAGCACUGCUGAAACAUCACCCAAAGCCUUCAAAACUAAAUUAUUCCCCAAGGCAUCCUCCCCCAGUCACAGCAUGUCAGGAAGCUUUUCUAUGAGCACCUUGUCCUCCAGCGGUUAUGACUAUAGCCAAGAUGCAGAGGCAGCCCACAUGGCAGCAACAGCUAUCCUCAACCUGUCCACCCGCUGCUGGGAGAGACCAGAGACACUCAGCACCAAGACCAGGGAGCCCUGCACCAAGGAGGCGGAUAUUGAGGUGGAUGAGAAUGGCACCUUGGACCUUAGCAUGAAGAAGACCAAGCGGGAGGGAGUACAGUCUCCAGAGCCUUCAUCUUCUUUGUCUUCUUCCUCUCAACAUGUGGGAGCCAUUGCAUCUCAGGGCCAAACUCAGCAAGAGUGGGAAGGCCCACUUGACUUCACCAAAAUGGGUGGUGUCAAAGAAGAAGACCACGAAGAGGUGGAGUACACAGCUCCCUCAUAUACCUCAUCUGAAGGUGAGGAAGAGGACCAAGAGAACUUGGAGGACAGGAAAUACCCCGGUGAGGUCACCACCACCAGCUUCAAGGUCAAGUUUCAGCCCAAAGACAGCAAAAAAGAGCUUCUUGUUCUGUCAGGCUGUCCUCUUGCUGAUAAAUCACUUCGGACCCUCAUGGCUGCCCACACAGCAGAACUAAAGUGUCCAACUCCAGGUUGUGACGGAUCAGGCCACAUCACUGGAAACUAUGCUUCACAUCGCAGUUUGUCUGGAUGCCCCCGAGCCAAGAAAAGUGGAGUCAAAUCAACCCCUACCAAGGAUGACAAAGAAGAUUCUGAGCUGCUCAGAUGUCCUGUUCCUGGCUGUGAUAGCCUGGGCCACAUCAGUGGGAAGUACGCCACUCAUCGCAGUGCUUAUGGAUGUCCACUAGCAGCACGUCGGCAGAAGGAAGGUCUUCUAAAUGGCACACCCUUCUCUUGGAAAGCCUUUAAGACCGAGGGCCCAUCUUGCCCAACACCAGGCUGUGACGGUUCUGGUCAUGCUAACGGCAGCUUCUUGACACAUCGCAGUCUGUCAGGUUGUCCCAGAGCAUCAGCCAACAAGAAAAGAGCCAAGUUCCCUGGAGAUGAGUAUAUCACUGCAAAGUUCAGAGCCAGUGAUGUGCUGGACAAUGAUGAAGAUAUCAAGCAGCUCAAUAAGGAAAUCAACGAGCUGAAUGAGUCCAACUCAGAGAUGGAGGCCGACAUGAUAAACCUGCACACUCAGAUUUCUUCUAUGGAGAAGAACCUGAAGAGCAUGGAGGAGGAGAAUAAACAGAUAGAAGAAAGGAAUGAGGCCUUGUUCCUGGAGCUAUCUGGCCUUAGUCAGGCUUUGAUCCGGAGCCUAGCCAACAUCAGCCUGCCUACCAUGCAGGAGCCAAUAUCAGAGCAGAACUUUGACAGCUAUGUGGACACCCUGACCCACAUGUUUACCAACAAAGACUGCUACCAGAACCCCGAGAACCGGGCUCUGCUAGAGUCCAUCAAUCAGGCAGUAAAGGGCAUCGAGGUGUAAGAGAAACUGGAGGAUGACAAGUGGCAGGGCAUCACGGUGACGCCACCAAUCUUUUUUUUCCAAACCCUUUAGAUACUCUGUGUCAUGAGUUUUUCUCAUUGGAGUUUUGUCCUCUGUUCUUUGCAUUUGUUUCCUGUUUGCAUGUUGCUUUAUAAAGGUGUGAGCGUGAACAGAUGUGUGGAUGUAAAGCGUGUCAAGGCACACUGAAAGCAAACUGUUGCCAUAAGCAACGGCACCUCAAGGUAUACACAGACAGGCACAGAGAGAACAGAACAAAGGAGUGCAGUAUCCCGCCUGAGCUGAGCAGAUUCUUAGUUAGUGAACAUUUCCCAUCUCCACUCAGUAAUGUUGAUAGUAUUCUAUAUGAGCAUAGUGAUGUUGCACUUCCAGGACUAGUUUGUAGAUUCAUUGUUACUAUUGCUGUGUAUCUAUUUAAGUCGACUGCAAAUGUUGGUUUAAUAACUUAUUUAUUCAUGUCUGCGGUAAUAUUUUUAUGUUGACUAUUUAUUAUUCAUUAUUGAUUUUAUUUUAUUUCAAAGUGCUACCUGAGAAGAUUUUAACCGGAAACUAAGAGAAGGGAGUCAUUUCCUCUGCACCGCUUAACAAAGAGGAAAUAUUUUAAGAUAUCAACUAUGAAUUGUUUUAUAUAUCUUAUUAUUUAUUUAAAACACUGGGAUCUUUUUAAGUGCAAAUAUUUUGUAACAGAAAGUUUUUUAAUAAUUUUCUAAAAAAUCUUUUGUGCUUCUGUUUAUAUGAGUUUUCUUUUUUCCACAAGCUAUUUUGAGUACAUUGCAAUACACUGGGAAAAUUGAGCUGCACAUAUUUCAGUAUUUAUCUGGUAAUGAUGAACAAAGUGAUGGUGAAUAUUUAUUUUGUACUGUCUAUGUGUUAAUGAUGGCUGUGUAUGGAUUAGUCUUUAUGUUUGCUCUUGAAAUAAAGGUCAACCCAAAAUGAAUAUGGA